CUCGGGGUGCCUGGACAAACCUGCAAACAUGGAGGCUGGUGGAAGGGAAUCCAAGAGGAGGCACACUCCAGAGCUUCUGUUCGUCUGGAGGCUGGUGCCUUUCUUUGCUUCCUGCGCCCUCUACUUUCUCGUCUGGCUGCCCUCAGAAGAGCCCAGCUGGACCAGCGCGCUGGCCAAAUGCCUCCCCAUCCUCUGUCUGGCUAUCUUUGUCCGUAACACUGCCCCAGCGGGGCCCUAUGGCCAAUUCAUUUGGCUAGGUCUCCUCUGCUCCAUCCUGGGGGACAUUGUGGUCACCUGGCCCCACCGGUUCCUCUUUGGCUUGUCGGCCUUUGCACUGGCUCGUCUCCUCUAUCUCCGGGCCCUGGGCUGGCACCCGAUCCGAGAGACCUUCCUGGAGUCUGUGGCAGUCGUCUUCCUCCUUUACUUUGGGCUACUGCAUUCUCACCUCCCUUCCUACCUAAUUCUCCCUGUGGCUGUCUAUGAGGCUAUCCUGGCUCUGAUGCUAUGGCGGGCGCUGGUCCGAGGGAGAUUUGCGGCACUUGGCGGCUUGUUAUCCAGUACCUCGGACGCAAUCCAGGCCUGGCACACCUUCGUCCGGCCCCUGCCUUCAGCCCGUUUGAUCAUCAGAGGCACCUACUAUGCUUCCCAAGCCCUGCUGGCUUUGUCAACGAUGGAGGGCAUGGCCCCCCAAGCUGACAGCUCGACGAGUGCCCCUCCCGAAGAAAGCAGACAGUGACUUGGAGCUCUGCACUUGGCCCCUUCUCCAGCACCCCUUCUGCCCUCUCAUCACCUUCUGGAGCUGCUGCCUACCCCACCUUCUCCCAGUGCUUGUCUCCUAGGUAAACACAAGACCUCCUAGGGCAGAUCCUUUUCCCACCCUCUCUCUGACUCUGAACCGCACCCCCACCAAUUAUUCACAAUCCCUCCCUUUCCCAUGCUUUCCCUCUCUUAUCUUGCAACUGCCCUCCUACUCCAACCCCAUCCCUAUGCAUUUCUUCUUACUCGUAAUCCCUUUGGUUCCAAUACUACCCCUACCAUGGCCCAUGAGCUUCUCGACUGAAUUUUUUUCUCCCCAUUACUCACAAUUCCCUGCUCCCACAAUUCUGACUCUUUUCUCUAUCACCCGGCCAUACUCCUGGUUUGAAUGCUUCUCUCUCCUUUGCCCACUGAGUCCCCAGAGGUAAUGCCUAUCCAUCCAUUAUCCAUACCACCAUCACCUUCCCCUGACCUUUAUAAAGCUGAUACUGGAAACAUGAAAAAAUAUAU